CUUAUAAUCUUUUUUGUGAGUUGCCCGGGCCCCGGUGAUUCAGAUGAGUUAUGCAUGAGUUUCAGUUGCAGUGUCGGCAAUAAUUUUAGGGGUGGAAACUUCAUAGUCGCGCUUUGAUGUAUCGGUAAUUUCAUUGAUGCCAAUUAUAGGGACUCCAAAAUGCCUGUGGAACAGAUUCAGUACAGCGAGCGAUAUAGCGACGACAUUUAUGAAUACAGACAUGUAAUUUUGCCGGCGGACAUUGCUCGGCUGGUGCCCAAGUCCCACCUAAUGACCGAGACAGAAUGGCGCAAUCUCGGCGUGCAGCAGAGUCCGAACUGGUUGCAUUUUAUGAUCCACAAUCCUGAGCCGCAUGUGCUCCUCUUCCGGAGGCCCCGCACAGAUGCACAGUAAUCUAAAUUCAAGAAUAGGUGGACGAAAAUAUUUUAUUCAUAUGUGUAUGUGCCAGGUGUGUGUAUGUGUGUGUGUUGUGGUAGUAUUUAAAAUAAAGAACAAUUCAAUUUAACAACCUACUCUACCAAACCACUCUGUCAAACCAAAAUACUCCAUCCAAGUCCCAAUAUAUAGUUUUGUAAUUUCUUUACAACAAGAGUGCUACUUGUUAUCAAUUUACUAGUUUCCAACAUUGACCUACCAAUAAAAGGACUCAGAGUCUAAUACAAAAAGCCGGGAAAAAAAUGGACAAAGUUAACCUAUUAUAUGUAGUGAUGUAAUAAUUUGUUGGUAGGUCUUUUUUUCAAUAAAAAUAGCUUAUUUUGCAAAGGAUAAUUAAUAUUCUGUAAUAUCUUAUGUAUAAAGUAUCUAAGUUAAAUGCAUCUUUUUAAGUUAUUAAUGUGAAAAAUUUGACAAUACUGAAAAUUUCUUGUGGCAGCCUUUUCCUGAAACUGCUGCACUUGGUACUAUAGUGUAUUGGUUGGACACGGUCGUACUGCAUAUGGUACUACAAUUUCUCUUUUAAGACGAAACAACAAAGCAACAAAUUAAAUUAUGAGGCAACAAAGUCUUGUCAGUAAUGUCACAAUUUUCAAUGUGUGACUUUACAUGAAAAUAUAGUAUCUAUCUCACCACCGCACUACAUGUCUUUCAACCCUGAUGUUGGCGAAAUUGUUGCGCAAAACGACGGAGCCAUAGAUACAAAAGUUGAAGUUGAUAAUGUGAAGUUCUGUUAGGUUCCGUUGAAUUGAAAAAUGCAAUGCAAAUUUCAUUUUCUGGGCCGUUCCUGAAAUUCCCAGAGGUAAGUACAACUUUCUCAAACCGAGAAUAAUGCUUGUGCGUCUAUGUAUGUCUAGAUUUUUACUAAUUUUCUUGAAGUGGAAAUGCAAAAGCUUUGAACAUUCCUUAACUUUUACUUUGUCGAAGUUCAUUGGUUGUCCAUAACAACCAGAAAUAACAAGUCUGUCUCGGAUCCGCGAAUGAAGCAAAUUAAGAGUUAAUGCUUAUUUAAUUUUUAUACUUUGUCACCUCAUAUUUUAAUUAAUACCUACUAUUAUUACAAAAGAUAAAUUUGUAGUACCAUAAGUAUGACACACAGACUAUACAAAAAUGUGACAAGUGUGCUGAAGUAAAAUCCGAAAACUGAUUUUGAUAACUCCUUCGGGAUGUGGAAGCCCUCGGCUGGGAGUGUGUUGUUCAGUUGAAUGGAGAUUACGUUGAAGAAUGCCGCCAUACCUACAUUACAUACAAGCCAGAUAAUGAGUAAUAGACCCUGGGAAGACUGAGGUCGAAAGUCAGGUAUUUUUGGGACGGACCUCAUGUCUAAUUGUGUGCAUUUUGUCAAAUACUGCCACAUCAGUAUAAAAUAUUUUUGUUUUGGCUCUGCAGUCAAGAAUUUGAGCGGUUGAGCCUGCCUUAUCCUUGUAAAGUUAUAAAAACGUGAUAUUCUUUAAUACAAUCCUGUUACUGUAAUACAAGAUAAGCCCUUAAUAAAUAGUUAGUUGUGUCAAAAGUAUACACUAAGCCGAUAAUUUUGUCUGCUCUUAUCGUAAUGUAAUUUAUCACCCUUGGUUUUCCUUGGACACAGUGCCUGUUUUAAAGUCAGUCAUCUGACCUGAUAAUCUUGUAAUCUGGUAAUUUUAAAAUCUGACCACUUUGUUUAACAGUAUCUCUGUAUCCACAUAAUUAAUACACUUUUUGUUACUGUAACUCUAUAUAAUUUAGUUGCAUAUACUACAAAUAAUAUGUUCAAAGAUUUUUUUGCUUGUGAAGCAUUUGCAUUAGUGCCACUAUUCACAUGUUGAAGGAUAUAAAUAGGAUAUUAUUACUCUGAGCCAUGUAAUGAAAUUAUCACACAAUACAGAGUAUCAGAUGCCUCAACUUGAUAUAAUGAGUAGCAAGACUUAUUUAUGUUCAAAUCUUUGGUUUUUGUUGUAAACAGUUAGGUAGGUACCCAAUAGGUUUAGAUGUCCUGAGAGCGGAAUAUUAUUUUUAGAACUGGCUGUAUGAUAGUACUAUUUGUAUUAUCAAAUAGCAAUGCUAGUUAAAAGAGUUUGUGCACGCUUUUGCCGUGCAAGUAUUUCUAGCAGGAUCUUCGAUUUGGAGCUUCUUAAUCCAAGGAUUUUUUGCUUACUUAUUUUGGUUGGUUUUAAUAAGUCAUUAAAAAAUGACAGAUUUUGUGAAUUUUGAUUACUGUGACAUUAUUUCCAAUGAGUACUUUCUAUGUCAUUUGGUUUAGAAGUUAUUCACUAUAUGAAUUUUCUGUCUGUCUACUACUUGUCAAGACCAUUCAAUGAAUACAAAGUAUCGUUUGAUAAACCUAAAAUCGCGUCAUGGUCACGCGCUCCCUGAACGCCAUUUGUCUACCAACUACUCGCCAAGAUCAAACCAACAAGUCCAAACUCGGUGGGUCUAUGUUUUAAUAAAAUAAGUUUUUGUGUCUUCCUUCGCACUCCAUCAGCAGACCCUUGUCAGCGUCACGAUGGGUCAACUCUAGUAGUUGAGGAGUUGGGUAACUGCUGCGGUAAUAUGUGUUGUCAUAUAAGGAAGUGCGACGUUGACAGUUUACAACUGAAAAAGUGAAUAACUUUAAUAACCAAAAAAGACUUGGUUCGUACCCAUUUGGUACCUAAUAUUUUCAAACUCAUAGCGCAAUCAUGAAGAUACCAAAAUUAAAAAAAAAAAUUGUUUUUAUUCUGUUGUCUAGGAAGAUUAUUACAAUUUGGACCAAUUGUGUAAACAAUACUUGAUUUCAAUAAGAAAGAAAAUAUCCAUAAUGUUAACCUUAGAGUUAAGUCCAAACUCAUUGUA